AUGGAUUCGACCAUCCCACAGGGCCCGAGGAAUAGGAAGGCCUGGCCCGAGUUAGAAAGAGCGACGGCUCGAUCUGUCGGCUCGAGAGGUUUUUCACCUUUACUUCGUCUCGCCGUUAAUUAUACUUCUCCGGUAGCUUGUCGGGCCACCGGUUUCCUUUCUGUCGCACUCUCCUCUUAUUUCCUUGUAACCGAUCGAACGUUUUCUCUCCGACCAUCAAUAAGACGUCUUUGUUUAAGCCCACAUCUUAUUUAUUACCGUUUCACGAUCAAACAAUUAGCGACAACUCCACCGUCAAACUCCACAACCACCACACCCUCUUCUUCUCCUCCGCCGCCACCCACUAUUCCCACAUUUCCUCCUCCGUCUUCUCCCUCUACACCUUCUGCUCUUCAUCCAUCUCCACCCAAUCUAUCUACGCCGGGAUCUUCACCUCCUCUUCCUCAGCCGUCUCCACCCGCUCCAACUACACCGGGAUCUCCUCCUGCACCUAUCACUCCUCCUGGAUCCCCUACUCUAAACCCUCCAUCAUCCUCAGGACCACCGUCCAAUCCCUCAAGUGGCGGCGGCGGAGGACCUCCUCGAACUCCAUCUUUGCCGUCUCCGCCGUCUUCUUCUUCUGAUGGAUUAUCAACAGGAGUGGUGAUCGGAAUCGCCAUCGGAGGAGUCGCUCUGCUUGUAAGAAGAAACGAAGAAGAGACGAAGAAGAUGCUUACUACGUUCCUCCUCCACCACCUCCUAGUCCCAAAGCUGGAGGACCUUACGGUGGACAACAGCAACAAUGGCGGCAACAAAACGCAACACCACCGUCACCGUCAGUUCAUGUCGUGACGUCACUACCACCGCCACACAUCGUAUCACGUUCUAUAUUGGUACGGGCUUAAUAAUGCAAAAAACUCGGACAAAAUAAGAAGACAGCCCAACAGAUUGAGAGAAAAAGUUAAUGAAACAGUGAGUUUCAUUUGACAGGGUACACGUGUCAAUACUACGUUAAACGACUUAAUGACGUGGCAUCUUAGGUGUCUUUCACCAGGAGAGAAGAAACAUUACUUUAUAUAUAUAGAAGAUAAUACAAAAAUAAUUUAUACUAAGAACAUUUAUAAAACUUGUCAAUAAAAUAAAUAAAUAAAUUUAAUUUAAUUUUAUGUAAAGUUUACAUGUUUUGUUAAUAAUCUAUUGGUAUUAUCUAUUGAAAUUUUUU